ACGGUAUAAUGAAGCUCGUUGUUAAGUUCACGCCUUCCUGUCGCGCAACUUUCUGGUUAUUACGGAAACCGUCUUGCUACUGCGUGGGAAGCGUGGUAGCGAAAUUGUCCAGGAAGGAGGCACAACCGCUCGCCAUGCUUUUUCGAAUUUUGCCUGAAUGUUGACUGCAGGAGCGAAACGGGCUGUUGCAUUUUCCCCACAAACAACGUUUCCCUAACCCAGAUCCGGCAGAUCGGAGGCAAGACCUCCCACGGUCCACAUCCCCCGAUUGGGCACCCCUGGCGCCAUGUGCCUGGCAAUCGCUUUCCUGGAAACGUCCGGCUCCUUUGCUGCCCCUUGUUCCUCAAGUUCCGCCAAUCGAAUCUACCGUAGCCUUGUCUUCGUGUGGGGUUCAAAGUUUCCUUAUUUGCCAGGUCACGGUGUUCAGCUCUCCCUACCUUACUUCUUGGAUGGCAAAUCCAAGACCGACAAGACGGCGACCAGUCCGAUAUUCCACCCUCCUCCCGGGCCUGAGGAGCGGCUACGCCAGCAUGUUUCUGGGGAUUGCCGGGGACAGGGAACCCCAAUCCUCUUGGGGGACUUUCAUGGCUGCGCCGAGAACACAGAUUCCCUGAAUUCCAGCUUUCGUUUUACUGUUUCCGCGCGCCUAGACGGAUGGUGGUAUCCGAGAGCUUCUGUACCGAGAUAUCUGGGUUGCCCCUUUCGAUCACCCCUCUCGCGGCCCACGGCAAAUUGGCCGAACCAAGAUGCCUGGUCACAAUUGCAACCCUGGGAGCCAGCCCAGGGAAUUAUGAACUUGCUAGAAGGGACAGGGUGUUGAGUAUAAAAGACCGUGAAUGCUCCUCCUGGUUAUGGAUAUUUUGGGCCCUCACUGUCGACCAAUCUUCAGCUCGCAGGCU